CAGCCACUCACCGGUAUACACCUACUCUCAACCCCCGAAAAAAAGGCUAUACAGCACUUCUUCAAGCCAACAACAUGUAUCUUGUUGUUAUCAUCGGCAUCAACGGAAGACAGGGCUCCUCAGUCGCCGAGGCAUUCAUGGACGUACCUGGUGCUCGAAUCCGCGGAUUGACAUCUUCUCCAAAAUGUGCCGCAAGCGAACGUUGGAAACAGAUGGGUGUCGAGAUACGGGAGGAGACGUUUGGCGACAUGGAGCACAUCAAAAAGAGUUUCGAAGGAGCGACCUUCAUAUUCGCAAUGACAAGCUACCACCAGUUACUCCAAGACCGGCGAUCAAAAUUGGCAUGCGAGGUGGGAUCUGUCUUCAGCGUGUAUGAUUUCGCCAUGCGCCGCGAGGAUAAUGUGGGACGCAUGCUGCUCGACGCAGCGGCGGCCACUCCAGGACUACAAAGGUUAGUGAUGUCCACACUUCCAGUUGUCAACCCUGGCAACAAAUAUGCGUCGCAUACAGCUGGGGCUACCUACCACGCCAAACGACACCACAUUCGCUACAUGGCGAGCUGCCUGCCGGCUUUGGCGGCUAAGACGAUCUUGGUGAAGCCGUGCAUGCGUAUGGAAGAUUACCGAGCGACGCUGCGAAUGGUCAGUUCAGCUUGUGUAUGA